AUGGGCGUUGAUGUCGGUGUCGGUGUCAGUGUCGGUAUCCAUAUCGGUAUCGGCGUCGGCAUCUGCAUCGGCGUCGGUAUCGGUAUCGGCAUCGGCAUCGGCAUCGGUAUCGGCAUCGGCAUCGGUAUCGGCAUCGGCAUCGGUAUCGGCAUCGGCAUCGGUAUCGGCAUCGGCAUCGGUAUCGGCAUCGGCAUCGGUAUCGGCAUCGGCAUCGGUAUCGGCAUCGGCAUCGGUAUCGGCAUCGGCAUCGGUAUCGGCAUCGGCAUCGGUAUCGGCAUCGGCAUCGGUAUCGGCAUCGGCAUCGGUAUCGGCAUCGGCAUCGGUAUCGGCAUCGGCAUCGGUAUCGGCAUCGGCAUCGGUAUCGGCAUCGGCAUCGGUAUCGGCAUCGGCAUCGGUAUCGGCAUCGGCAUCGGUAUCGGCAUCGGCAUCGGUAUCGGCAUCGGCAUCGGUAUCGGCAUCGGCAUCGGUAUCGGCAUCGGCAUCGGUAUCGGCAUCGGCAUCGGUAUCGGCAUCGGCAUCGGUAUCGGCAUCGGCAUCGGUAUCGGCAUCGGCAUCGGUAUCGGCAUCGGCAUCGGUAUCGGCAUCGGCAUCGGUAUCGGCAUCGAUAUCGGCAUCGGCAUCGGCAUCGGCAUCGGCAUCGGCAUCGGAAUCGGUAUCGGUAUCGGUAUCGUAUCGUCGACGAGGUUAAAGUCCCAGAAGAAGGAAAACUGA